UUUCUCUGAGGAAGGGAAGCAGGGGAGUGGCAGGGUCAGGGAGCUGGGUUCCAAAGGUGCAGGGAUGCAGAACAGAACCAGCGCAGUUCUCUGUGCCUUUGUCCUCCUGAUGGGCUUCCUGAUGGUCUGCCUGGGGGCCUUCUUCGUGUCCUCAGGCUCCAUCAUCAGCUGUCAGGUGAACCUGAUCCUGGCCUAUUUGCUUCUGCCUCUGGGGUUUGUGAUCCUUCUGGGUGGAAUUUUCUGGAGCACCUACCGCCAGGCAAGUGGAAACAAAGGGAUGUUCAGCCACGUGCUCAGACAACACCUUGCUCAUGGUCCCGAGGGCCUGGCCACAGUGGACAGGCCAGAUUUCUACCCUCCUGCUUAUGAAGAAGGUCUUGAUGCUGAAAAGCAAACCUAUCCCGCAGAGCAGGAGGCUUCGGAUGUUUCUCCACCUCUGUACACAGAGAGGGACCUUGAAUUUGAGGAUGAAAAGGAUGUUCACCGAGAGGCACCCCCAUCCUAUGACGACUCUGUGGUGGACAGGGCGGUGGCAGCAACACCAGCGCAGGACACCGAGAGGCAAAGCCGAGAGUGCUGAGGGGGGAAGCUCUCCACUAUGCAUGAUGCACCCUCAAGGCAUACAGCUGCUAAAAAUAAAAGUAGGCAAGGGACUGUGGGAGGAAAAGCCAGGUCAAAAACCCUGCUCACAAGCUCCCCGAGGAAAUCAUGACUCUGUAGGAAAUGUCAGCUUUAUUAUAUUUAAUAUUUUAUUCCAAGAGGACAAGUUGGAUGGCAAGGUGGUGGCAAGAGACACAGCCUGAUGCUUUCUUUAGAGCUGGGACUACAGCCUUCAUCUCUCUGGGCCUCAGUUUCCUUCUCUACGGAGUGAAGAAUUUAUGCUGGGGUUAAUAACUAACCAUUGUGGAAUGCUUUUUAUAUGGCAGCCUCCAUACUAUGAACUUUGUGCUUUUUAUUUAGCCCUCAUUAUAACUUUCAGAGACAGGUGCAAUGGCUGUUCCCAUUGUACAGAUAUAUACACUGAGGCUGUGAGAAGUUAAGGCUUUCUCAAUAACAUGCACUUGUUUUCGGGAGGAUGGAGGAGUGUCUGUAGAGGGGCAUGGGAGGAUGUAUUUACUUCUAACUUUUGUCCUGGGUUAACCCUGUCUUACUUCCCUCCUCACAAGGAGCAGCUUGGCCUUCCCUCCUCCUUCGGAAAAUGGGCCCCAACAGGAUGGAGCCCCAGAGUUGCUGCAAGAGUUAAAGCCCCUGGAAAGGCCACAGAGGUUGCUUCAGGGUUCAUCUCCUAGAUU